AUAUAUCAAUGGACUUCACGUUGAACUAUAUCAUAACAAAGAAGAGAAACUAAAAAGAGCAGCUACGGGUAGAAUGAGAUCCCCAAAAAUUAUGGGAUUAGGGCAUUGCAUGGUUUAUGUUGUGGUCUUUAGCGCCAUCGUAGCUGCAGCUUACCCUUAUGAAUCUCCCCCAACAACACAGAAAUAUCCCCCAGUCCAUAAAACCAAAUCACCAUAUCAACCCAAAAAGAAUUCCCCAUAUUACUCGGCACCACCAUCUCCUCCACCACAAUAUAGAAGACAAGGCCCUAAAUAUACACCACAUCCAAAACCAUAUAUCUACAGUUCCCCACCACCUCCGUCGUACUACUCUCCUUCCCCGAAGGUCGAAUACAAAUCUCCACCACCGCCUUACAUCUACAGCUCUCUACCACCGCCACCAUACUACUCUCCUUCCCCGGAGGUAGACUACAAGUCUCCACCACCACCCCCACCAUACUACUCUCCUUCUCCGAAGGUAGAGUACAAGUCUCCACCACCUCCAUACGUUUACAACUCCCCACCACCUCCACCAUACUACUCUCCUUCACCAAAAGUAGAGUACAAAUCUCCACCACCUCCAUACGUCUACAGCUCCCCACCACUUCCACCAUACUACUCUCCUUCCCCAAAAGUUGACUACAAGUCUCCACCACCACCAUACGUCUACAGCUCUCCACCACCUCCACCAUACUACUCUCCUUCCCCGAAGGUAGACUACAAGUCUCCACCACCGCCAUACGUAUACAGCUCUCUACCACCGCCACCAUACUACUCUCCUUCCCCGGAGGUAGACUACAAGUCUCCACCACCACCCCCACCAUACUACUCUCCUUCUCCUAAGGUCGAAUACAAUUCUCCACCACCACCAUACGUGUACAGCUCCCCACCACCUCCGCCAUACUACUCUCCUUCUCCGAAGGUAGAGUACAAGUCUCCACCACCUCCAUACGUCUACAACUCCCCACCACCUCCACCAUACUACUUUCCUUCCCCAAAAGUUGACUACAAGUCUCCACCGCCACCAUACGUCUACAGCUCACCACCACCACCACCAUACUACUCUCCUUCCCCGAAGGUAUACUACAAGUCUCCGCCACCGCCAUACGUAUACAGCUCCCCACCACCUCCACCAUACUACUCUCCUUCGCCAAAGAUGGUCUACAAGUCUCCACCACCGCCAUACGUCUACAGCUCCCCACCACCUCCACCAUACUAUUCUCCUUCCCCGAAGGUAAACUACAAAUAUCCACCACCACCAUACGUCUACAGCUCCCCACCACCUCCACCAUACUAUUCUCCUUCCCCGAAGGUAAACUACAAGUCUCCACCACCGCCAUACGUCUACAGCUCACCACCUCCUCCACAAUUCUACUCUCCUUCCCCGAAGGCCGAAUACAAGUCUCCACCUCCGCCAUACGUGUACAGCUCCCCACCACCUCCACCAUACUAUUCUCCGUCGCCAAAGGUUGACUACAAGUCUCCACCACCGCCAUAUGUCUACAGCUCCCCACCACCUCCACCAUACUACUCGCCUUCCCCAAAAGUUUACUACAAGUCUCCACCACCUCCACCAUAUGUCUACAAAAUGCCCUACUACUAAUUUUUAAAUUGUUUCUUUAACAAGCAACAUGAUUCAUUUCUAUUGUUUUUUUGAUGAAAUUGUCUUUUGAUUUUCUGUUGUUGUGGUUGCUUCCUCUAUUUUAUGGUUUUAUUAUACCAAUAAAAUUUGGCUACUUUUUGGAUGCACCUAUUUA